AUGGGAGACAUGGAGUUUGCUAAAGUCCACAAUUCAACAAUUUUUCUUGAAGACCCUCCUGCAGCCCACAAUGACUUGAAAUUCAUUGUGGAUGGUUUGAAGAAAUCCUGCUUGGUUCAUGCCCUAACUACAAAUCCUACUAUCUACCAAAGUUUGAUUAAGGAUUUCUGGAGGAAUGCUGUUGUAAAGAAGAAUGAUCAAGGUGAAAAAUUUGUGGAAGCAACCAUCAAAGACAAGAAAAUUCAAGUAACAGAAAGCAUCAUCAGAGAAUAUCUCCAAAUUGAGGACAGACCUGAGUACCCCAUGGAGAUUGACAAGCUGCUUCCUCCAUGCUGGAAGCUUUUGGCUCAUGUGUUCGUGAGCGGCAUUUCUGAGCAGAGAUCAGGAGCAAACAAGAUUUCUCUGGCCAACACUGGUGCCAUUGCAGCAUUGGCGACAGAGGAUGUUAGAGAAGAAUCAGAUGAACAAUCCAUGCCGAUGGAAAAUGAAUAUAUUUUUCACUCUCCCUCCGAGCCUGAAGUAGAGGAGAUUCAUGACUCUCCCACAACUUAUGUAGCUGAUGAGCAUGAUAAUCAGAAAGCAAAUGAUUCAAAAUCUUCUCGAGAGGAUGAUGACGAUGAUCUUUAUGAAGAUGUGGAGUUUUUGAAAGAAAUGGACUUUACGGGAAUCAAUGACGACAUUCCAACAAACAUAGAGUUUGAUUUUGGUGAUGAGGAUUUUGAUCCUUUUCUUGAUAUUCCCAGCAACCGUGUAAAUAAAGUCAAUGAAGUUGCUCCUUUAGCAACCAAGACUAGAGAUGAAGGAAAUUUUCUCAAAAUUCUACUCUCUACUUCAAAGCCCUUGGAGGUCGCAACAAGCCAAGGAGAUGUGACAUCAGAGAUUCCUCCCUCUGUGUCACUUGUCUCAACAUCUGCUCUAGUCAUUUCUGACUUAUCUGAACCUCAGACUUCUCAGACUUCGAUGAAAACAAGCCAAUCUCUUGAAAGUCUGGAGGUACCCUCUGUAAGAUGUGCUCCUCAAGUUAUUUCAACAAUCACUGCUACCUCUGCUCACUCUCCUCCAAAGCAAACUGAUGAAGGUCCAAGUACCAUGUUCGAGACUGGUGGAUCCUCAUCCAUUCCAGAAUAUUCUCCAACUCGACCUUCUCUAGAUGAAGCUUCUAUUAGAUUAGUAAAACAUCUGGCUCAAUCUAGUCCAACCUCUUCACGCGGGAAAGGAAUAUCAUUUAACAAGGGUCGGACAGAUGAUGACAAAUCCUCUUCACCUGAUCUCCGAGAGGAAAUUGGAAUUCUCCCUAAUUAUUUCAAUCUCAAGAACGUAUUGUACGAUGAUUUUGGUGAAAAAGUCAAAGUCCUCUUCCAACAGCCUCAUGGAGUUGUUGAUCAUCCCUCUGUUCAAUCACGUACUGCAAAUAAUGAUCUACAUGUCAACCCACCUGCUCCAAGAACAACUACAAUUGUCAAUAGGUUUGAAAAAGAACUAGAAGGAAGCAGAGCCAGAAGCACAAUCAAACAGGGAAAAAGAAUCGUAACUGCAAAUCAAAGUAAAGGCCUUUUAUUCAUGAAAAAUUCUAAUGAAAAUCGCAAAACAAGAGACCCUGUCUUAACAGUAAUGGAUUUGAAGAAAAGAAAGUUCGGUGAUGAGUAUGGUGACAGGACAUGUAUCUGA